UGCCAAGUCCGCUUAUUAUAAGCGACUUUGGGCUUGUUUUUUUGUAAAGUCGCUUGCAAAUCUCGUCAGUCGCGGGUUGCGGGUUUUUGGGCUUGUUUUCUAAAGUGUAGUCGCUUAUUUGGGCUUGCUUUGCUGCCUGCACAAACCGCUCCUGAUUCUCUCCCAGUUCUCCACAACAAAGCGAAACACGAUAGUUUGUCCUUUUCCAGGAUCCGUCCACUCCUCCGUUUCUCAGUUACCGCUCCCACCCACACUCAAACAUAGACAGCAACAUCUGAGAGUGACACACGGAGGGAGAGAGAGACAGACAAUGAGCGGGAAAAAGUGGUGCAGAUAUGGUAAAAAAUAUAAUAAAGAGUGGGAGAAAGAAACCUCUUUGAAAGACUGGAUACGACCACAGGUGGGAGAUAGUUCGAAGGCGUUCUGCCGAUAUUGUAAAUGUGAGAUACGUGCUCACCAUGCUGAUUUAAUGCAGCAUGCCGGCACCGAAAAACACAAAAAAAACUCUGCACUUUUCUCGUCAAUGAGACUUACGGACAUUGGUUUCACCACCUCCAAACAAAACGAGACAACAAAGACAAAUGAACUGAAGAUAGCCACGUACAUAGCCUGCCACACAUCCAUCAGUGCUGUGGAUCAUCUUAGUGAAUUAGUUGGAUCGACCUCAACUGAAAAAGAACUCAAAAUACACCGGACCAAAUGCACUGCAUUAAUCAAUAAUGUCAUUGCCCCAUGCAUGUUCACAGACUUAAUGAGUGAUAUUGGAGAUGCCCAGUAUUCCCUUGUAAUAGAUGAAAGCACAGAUAUCACAUCUGUCAAGCAGCUGUGUGUGGUAAUCCGCUACUUCAGUGUUAAACGGAACAAAAUUGUGUCAACCUUUUUGGGGAUGAUUAAUUUGGAUGGUGAAACAGCAGAGGCUAUUGCUUCCACUUUGACCAGUUUUCUACAGAGCGUUGGGCUGGAUAUGAAAAAAUGCAUGGGCUUAGGUACAGAUGGCUGCAGUGUUAUGGUGGGGAAAAGAAAUUCUGUGUACACACACCUGCUCCAGAAAAACCCAAAUCUUCAGCUGCUCAAGUGUGUGUGCCAUUCAAUACAGCUGUGUGUAAGCAAGGCAGUUGAGACACUCCCUCGCAACCUUGAAUACUUGGUUUCUCAUUCUCACAACUGGUUUUCACACAGUGCCCUUUGCCGCCGCGAAUAUGCAAAGAUCUACAGCCUUAUCAAUCCAGGUGAAGUCCCUUUGAUGCUUACACAGAUGUCAGGUACACGAUGGCUUUCAAUCCAUGACUGCUGUUCACGCAUACUCCAGCAGUGGGAUGAACUAAAGCUUCACUUUCAGCAAAGCAAAGAUCAGCAAAGAUGUUAUGAUGCUGAAAUUCUGCACCAGAUGUACAGUGAUCCCAUGAACAAACUGUACCUUCUGUUUCUCAUGCCAUUUCUGCAAGAGUUCAACAGGAUCAACAAGCUGUUUCAGCAGGACAGGGGUAAUCCAUUCAAAAUGCUGGAAUGCUUGCUGCUUUUCUUUCGCUCCCUCAUCUCCAGAGUGGUGAGGCCUGAUAAAAUCCCUACAUCAGACGAACAACUGCUUGCAAUCAAUUUCACAGACCAGACUGUUUUGUUACCUGUGGGUGCCAUUUGUUUUGGGCUCACCUUCACAAUUGCGCUCGAGGAGGCAAAAGUUGAGAGUACAAGUGAGAGAAAUAUGAAGAGCAGGUGCCGUGACUUCUUGGUGGAAGCAUGCAGACAAGUGCAAAAGAGACUUCCAACUAAUAUCCAGAUAUGGAAAUCUAUGACUGAGUUCAGUCCAGCUGUCAUUCUGUCACAAGCAAAACAACAACUCAGGUCACUGUCACUUCUGAAACUGUACUCCGGCGAUCUUACAGCUCUUGACACCCAGUAUCAGGCUGUUACAUACCACCCAUGGACAAACAAGGAGGACACCCAGGCAGAGGCAUUUUGGGUUGAAGUGCUCAGUUACAAAGACAGCUGUGGAGACCAGGCUUUCAAAGAACUUGCCCUCUUUGCUCUGUCAUUGCUUGCAAUGCCUUUAAGCAAUGCUGAUGUGGAACGAGUAUUUUCACAAAUGAACCUGGUCAAGUCCAAACUGAGGAACAGAAUGGGACAAGACACACUCAGCAGCAUACUCCACAUAAAGUAUGGACUGAGAAGGCAAGGUAUAUGCUGCAAAGACUUCAUCCCAAGCAAGGAGAUGCUCCAGCGCUUUAACUGUCACAUGUACUCUGUGGGAGGAACAUCAGGCAGCAGAGAGACAGAUGCAAACGAAGACAGUGAUGAUGGAUUGUAGUUAAGAGGAACAGACCUGAUGGUGAAACAAGGAAGACAAGGACAGGAGAAAGUUUUAUAUUUGUUUUGAGUUUUACACUAGGCCUGUUUGAGAUGGCUCAGAGUUUUUAAAAAAAACACUUAGGUUUUUCAAAGUUUACUAUCAGUUUGCUGUAGUUUAUGCACAAUGCAUAUGUCUUCUAUUUUAAUCACAGUUUAAAAUUUUAAGUUAUUAAGUUAUUUAAGUUUUCAUGUUGACUGUUUACAGUCAGUUUACUGCGGUUUAUAUGCAUAUGUCUUAUUUUAAUUCCAGUUUAAACAUUUAAGUUAUUUAAAGUUUUUAUGUUGACCGUUUACUGUCAAUUGGCUGUAGUUUAUGCAUAAUGCAUAUGUCUUAUUUUAAUCCCAGUUUAAACAUUUAAGUUAUUUAAAGUUAUUACGUUGACUGUUGACUGUCAAUUUGUUGCAUAACAAAUAAAUGUAUAUAUUUA